CGGCUUAGUCGGACGUCUCUAUGUUUCUGACGCGCGAAAACCAUCUAGUGAAUAAGUGAACAGAACAACCCUGUGCCCCGUUUCUGCGAACUUAUUUUUUUGUGUUUUAAAAAUUUUAUCUGGAUUUUUCUUGUGCCUGCAUCCAGUUAUUUUUUAAUGAAAAGAACUCCCCGGUGACUUCAAAGUUAAGAUAAAACCUACUGAAUCAAUAUUAUUACUUAAAGUUUAAGUGAAGUGGUUAAAGUAUUAAAAGUUCUGCAUCGACUCUUCCGUAAACUUAAAGAAAAGCUGUCCAAAUGUAGAGAUUCACCAACAUUCCAACAUGGAGCAGACAUUCGACAUCUUGAAGAAGCGCUCCAAACAUCCCGUUCUACUCCAAUCGGAUUCUUACGUGUAUAGUUGAAAAUCGGAAAUGAUUAAUCGUAGAAUAGACGUUACGUUUCAAAGUGAUAUUAUGAGCUUAUAUGUUAAGUGAGAGAGAAAGGGAGAUGCCUUACUACGGGUAUAGGGAAGAAGGGCCAGGUUCGGAAUCAAGUGGGGGUUGUUCUGAUUCAGAGGGGGGGAAUUCUGACUCAGAGGGUGGAUUAAGUACGGAGAGCUCGUCAGGCCAAGGGUUACCAUUCCCCGGGUUCACGCCUGUCGCUCUGCGGUACUUGACACAGGAGACGAGGCCAAGAAGUUGGUGCCUGAAGCUCAUCACCAAUCCAUGGUUCGAGCGAAUAUCAAUGCUGGUGAUCCUACUGAACUGCGUCACGCUGGGUAUGUACCAGCCAUGCGUCGACGACCAGUGCGUCACCAACAGAUGCAAAAUAUUACAGGUCUUCGACGAUAUUAUAUUUGCUUUCUUCACACUGGAAAUGACAAUUAAAAUGGUCGCGAUGGGGGUGUACGGUCAUGGCACAUACUUAGCCGAUUCCUGGAACCGGCUCGAUUUCUUUAUAGUGAUGGCGGGGGCUGUGGAAUACACAUUGAAUGUGGAAAACAUAAAUUUUUCUGCCAUAAGAACUAUAAGAGUACUACGACCACUGAGAGCUAUCAAUCGGAUACCGAGUAUGAGAAUCUUGGUAAUGUUACUGUUGGACACAUUACCAAUGCUAGGCAAUGUGUUACUUCUCUGUUUCUUCGUCUUCUUCAUAUUCGGAAUAGUCGGCGUUCAACUUUGGGCUGGAAUACUGCGACAACGCUGCGAACUUGUCUUACCACCAAAUGUACUACGACCAAACAUAUCGUUUCACUACGAGUUCUCCAAAGAAUUGGAUUACAUUUGUACGACUCCGGAGGACAACGGUAUGCAUCAAUGCGGCAACUUCCCACCGUAUCGAUACGGGCCUCUCGUGUGCAACGAGACAGCAAAACCUUUCUCGUACAAUAGACCGACGAAUACGUCUUGCGUUGACUGGAAUCAAUAUUACACGAAUUGUACAGAAAGAGGAUCUAAUCCAUUUCAAGGCACGAUUUCAUUCGACAACAUUGGCUUAGCUUGGGUCGCCAUUUUCUUGGUAAUAUCAUUGGAAGGAUGGACAGACAUUAUGUACUAUGUUCAAGAUGCUCACAGUUUCUGGGAUUGGAUUUAUUUUGUGCUAUUAAUUGUGAUCGGAUCAUUCUUUAUGAUCAACUUAUGCCUUGUCGUCAUCGCAACACAAUUCAGUGAAACUAAGAAACGUGAAAUGGAAAGGAUGAGAGCUGAAAGAGCUCGUUUUACAUCAUCAUCUACAUUGGCUUCGUCAACAAAUAAUAGUGAGCCUGCUACAUGUUAUGCAGAAAUCGUCAAAUAUGUUGCACACUUAUGGAGGAGAUUUAAAAGGAGAAUGGCGAAGAAAAUCAGGGUCUACCGAUACCAAAAAGCUCAGAUACGAUGGCGACAAAGUAGAGAAACACUUCAACUUCCAGCUAACAAGCCUAAACAACAUCAUCCUUGCUGUCCUAGAGCACAUCCACAGGGGAACGGGAGCAAGGCAGGGGCGGGGAUAGGGCCGGAGGAAGGGGAAGAGCCGUUGAGUCGACCCAGCCUGUUGCGUGUACCCUCGCUCUCCGCCGCAGAUCUCGAGAAUGCUUCAAACUUAUCGCUUCUCUCGCCGCCGUCGCUGGCGAGACGACGUUCAUCGGUUAUGUUCAGCGAUACGGUGUUGUUACACACGCCCACAACACCGACGGCGCAUCCACACAAUGUGUGCUCUUCCGAGAAAAUGACGCAAACAGAGUUCGACAUGCCCGCAAGUGAAACAGCGGACGAUCGUGCAGCCGCAGGUGGAACUAUGUCAUGCCAAGAACUGCUCGCACUAUCAGGAGCACUGUCAGCAGCACUACCUACUGGCCAAGUCGCAUUAGACUCAUUCUUCGAAGAACUAACUAAGGGUAUAAGCAAAAGAGCUGGUGAUGAAAAAUCUGACACCAAGAUUGUCGAAAUAGAAGAUUUUUCGUGUUGUGCUGAUUUAAUAGCAGCGGAAGCGGCGGCAAAGGAAACGAGAAAAAGUCGCGUCUGCAAUGUGUGCACAACAUUCUGGAAAAGAAUAUCAAAAUUUCUUUUGUUAUUGAGGAAACAUAUUAAAACUAUUGUCAACCAUAAAUACUUUCAGCAAGGGAUACUUUUGGCAAUUCUUAUCAACACGCUAUCGAUGGGCAUUGAGUAUCAUAAUCAACCAGAAGAGCUGACAGUGAUUGUUGAAAUUAGCAAUGUUGUAUUUUCUGCUAUAUUUGCUAUUGAAAUGGUACUUAAAAUUAUUGCCGAAGGUCCAUUCAAAUACAUUUCUAAUGGAUUUAAUGUGUUUGAUGGUAUUAUUGUAAUACUGAGUGCAUUUGAACUGGCACAUAGUUUUGGAAAUGAUAAAGACAUGGCUGGGAGUUCUGGUCUAUCAGUACUGCGUACAUUUAGGCUUUUACGUAUUCUUAAACUUGUAAGAUUCAUGCCGAACCUUCGACGUCAGCUGUUUGUUAUGUUAAGGACAAUGGACAACGUUGCGGUCUUUUUCUCCUUGCUCGUUCUUUUCAUAUUUAUAUUCAGCAUCCUCGGUAUGAACCUCUUCGGGUGCAAAUUCUGCGAGAAAGACGAAGAGGGUGAACAAGAGUGCGACAGAAAAAACUUUGAUACGCUCUUGUGGGCCUUUGUCACGGUGUUUCAGUUUUGCAAGUACAUCGAAGACAAUGGCACCGAGCGCGAUUGCACUUGCCCCGAGAUCAUUUCGCAUCACCCCAAAUGUGAAUGCGACAGAAAACACUUUAAUAACAUCCUGUGGGCGACAGUCACCGUGUUCCAGGUCCUGACACAAGAAGAUUGGAAUGUUGUAUUAUUCAACGGCAUGGAAAAGACAAGUCACUGGGCGGCGUUGUAUUUUGUUGCUUUAAUGACGUUUGGGAAUUAUGUUCUAUUUAACUUGCUUGUAGCCAUUUUAGUCGAAGGUUUUAGUUCCGAACGCAACGAAAGAAGGGAGCGUGAGCAACGAGAAUUAGCGAAGUCAAAAUUGUCUAGCGAAUGUUUUUCAGACCACAACGAAAUACAAUAUGACGAUUCUAAUUCAGGCUCUCAUUCUAGCGACAGUUUUUCCCAGAAUGAAAUAAAAAACUUUUGGCGCUCCGCUGAUGACGUUAGAAAGGCAAAAGACGAUGUGAAUGGUCACAAAGAGAAGGCAAUGAAGUCGAAACGUAAAACCAGAUCAUCAACACACCAUCCCACAUUGUGCAAAGAUUGCGCACAGUCAAAUAAAUGCAAUUUGCAGAAGGAAUCAAAAAUGCUAGCGAACAAUACAGCUACAUCAGAGAAUACUACAGUAGUACCUAUGAUAACGCAUACGGCGGCUACACCACAAGAUUCACCAUCAACAACAUUGGAGCCUGGAGCUUCUUUUCGGGAUUUUAACAUGGUUCUAAGCUUGGAGAGAUCGUCUAUGGUAUCAAGUCUAGAUUCUAUUGACCGAACAUCGUGCACAAGUAUACCAGGGUUACUUAAACCACCAAAUAGUUAUACGCUAACAUUACAUUCAGCGGCAGCUCAACUUGGGGCUGAGAAAGCUCGACUACCGCCAAUGUCCCUAGCACCACCGCCUUUAACAUUAGGUCCUCCACCCACGAGGUCAACGACCCCGGGAGCAACAACUCCAACAACGCCUAGGUCGAUGCCAUCACCAAUAUUACCAGAAAAAAAUCUACAAGUGACUAUAGCUAAAGAAGACAAUUGUCUAAAUGUUAGCGAUAAAUCUAGUCUACUCAGCUCACAAAAGAGUGUAGCCGUGACUACACCAACAGCAAAUGGUGACGAUAAAUGUCGUGUUCAAAGAGGUUACAGCUGGCGCCUAUCUAGACCCAGUCUGCGGCGCAAAAAACAAAGAACUGGCUCAGAUUCUGAUGCCGUUAUACUUAACAAUGGUCGAGAUCACACAACUUGUAAUGGUUCUAGUUUACGCAAGAAUGAGAUUCUACUCUCAUCUUCGAUGGUUAUCAAGAACGACACGCAAUCGGAGCUGCCGAACAAUCGCAACAAAUCACAACUGCCCGCUUCAAGAGUCCUAGCCCAGCCUACCAGGAGAGUCUCAGCCCAUACUACACCCUUACUACCUGAUGUUUCAUGGAAAGCACCAGAAGCAGGAUUUUCCUCAGACUCCACUGUAAGAAUGGAAGCGGUUAAACCAACGCCACACAGACUUUCCCUCACUAACGACUAUUUGACAGUAACAACCGUAUCUGAAGUCAAAUCAAGUAAUUUGACAUCACCGCCUCCACAACUACCUGUACCGACAAAGCCAACUCGAAAUGAAAGUGCUGUUUUACCGACACGACCCAACAACCAACCACUGCCAUUAAUUAAACAAAUAAAUGAAGAGGUUACCAUAGCUAACAACAUGUGCUUAUUUUCGGCACGAUUCAAUAGACAUCAAUACAGAUUUAAGGAUCUUUUUCGAUUUAUGGAACCAACAGGAUGUCUAAAGGAAAAAGAAGAUUAUUCACUCUAUAUAUUUCCGCCCGAUAACAAUAUUAGGAAAUUUUGCACAUGGAUGGUAACAAGGAGUUGGUUCGAUAACAUCGUACUGCUGUUUAUCGCGCUCAAUUGUAUAACACUGGCAAUGGAACGACCAAACAUCCCUCCCGACUCUAAAGAAAGAGCAUUUCUCUCGAGUGCUAACUACGUAUUUACUGGCGUCUUCGCUGUUGAAAUGCUCAUAAAGGUCGUGGCGUCUGGAAUGUUCUACGGACCCGAAGCAUAUUUCACUUCCGGUUGGAAUAUCAUGGACGGUUCUCUUGUCAUAAUAUCAAUAAUAGAUUUAUUGAUGUCUCUCGUAUCGGAAUCGAGUCCUCGAAUAUUCGGAAUACUAAGAGUGUUUCGAUUGUUAAGAUCUUUGAGGCCUUUAAGAGUAAUUAAUAGGGCACCAGGUCUGAAGUUAGUCGUUCAAACAUUAUUAUCUUCAUUGAGACCUAUUGGAAAUAUAGUUCUGAUAUGUUGUACAUUUUUCAUCAUAUUUGGCAUUUUGGGAGUACAGUUAUUUAAAGGCGCAUUCUUCUACUGCGAAGGUGCUAAUAUUAAAAAUGUUAAAAAUAAGUCAGAUUGUCUAGCUAUUGAAGGAAACGUGUGGGUGAAUCGAAAGUACAAUUUCGAUGAUUUAGGCAAAGCCCUAAUGUCUUUGUUCGUGCUCAGCUCUAGAGACGGCUGGGUAAACAUAAUGUAUACAGGAUUAGACGCAGUUGGAGUCGAUCAACAGCCCAUUGUCAAUUACUCAGAGUGGCGUUUACUAUAUUUCAUUGCAUUUAUAUUACUAGUUGGAUUCUUUGUGUUAAACAUGUUUGUGGGAGUGGUUGUUGAGAAUUUCCACCGAUGUCGAGAAGAACAAGAGAAAGAAGAAAGAGUUAGAAGAGCUGCUAAGAGAGCUCUGCAAAUGGAAAAGAAAAGACGAAAAAUGCAUCAAAGACCUUACUACGCGGACUAUGGUCAGACUAGACUCUUUGUGCAUAAUGUCGUAACAUCAAAAUAUUUUGACCUCGCCAUAGCAGGCGUUAUCGGUCUAAACGUAGUCACCAUGGCUAUAGAAUACUACAGAAUGCCCCCGGCUCUAGAAUAUGCGUUAAAAAUUUUCAAUUAUUUCUUUACCGCUGUUUUCAUACUUGAAGCAGCAAUGAAACUAGUAGCAUUGGGCAUAAAAAUUUAUCUAAAAGACAAAUGGAAUCAACUCGAUGUGAUUAUAGUAAUCCUUUCUAUAGUUGGAAUAGUUUUAGAAGAACUAGAAACCAAUAUAAUACCAAUAAAUCCUACAAUAAUGAGAGUAAUGAGAGUGUUACGAAUAGCGAGGGUACUAAAACUACUUAAAAUGGCGAAAGGUAUAAGGGCUUUAUUGGAUACGGUAAUGCAAGCUCUACCUCAAGUUGGCAAUCUAGGUCUCCUCUUUUUCUUAUUAUUUUUCAUAUUCGCCGCAUUAGGAGUGGAAUUAUUUGGUCGACUAGAAUGUUCUGAUGAUAUUCCAUGUCAAGGUUUAGGAGAACAUGCACAUUUUGCAAAUUUUGGAAUGGCGUUUUUAACUCUAUUUCGUGUGGCAACUGGAGAUAACUGGAAUGGUAUUAUGAAAGACACACUGAGAGAAGAUUGCGACAGUUCUGUGGAUUGUGUACGAAAUUGUUGUGUGUCUACCAUAAUUGCACCAAUCUUCUUUGUUGUAUUCGUUUUGAUGGCUCAAUUCGUUCUCGUCAACGUUGUUGUGGCCGUCCUGAUGAAACACCUAGAAGAAUCUCAUAAACAAAUGGAAGAUGAAAUAGACAUGGACGUGGAACUCGAACGAGAAUUAGAACGAGAAGCUGACGAUGAAGAAGACCGGGCUUUAUGUCGUGCAUUAGAGCAAUGUACCUCACCACCUAGAUCUUUGAACAAAGUACCAUCUCUGCCAGCAAACUUCACGUACAGUGAACCCAAACAGCAACCGAUACCAUCGCCCAUACGACGGCGUCGCACGCUACAUUCCCAUCACGCACUUUUACCAUCGCCUAUGUCAGUACCACAAAGGAGAGCUUCAUUAUCGCCUCAUGCAUUUGGACGACGUAAUCUGGAAUCUUUUGUAAGCACCCGAGCUGCUUUAUACGAAGAAGACGCUCGCUUUAUUGACGCUGAUGAUAUUGAAGAACUAGAGCCCGGUAGUCCACCUAGAAGGGAUUCAUUUGCAAAUAAUCGAAGACAACGCGUAGAUAAAAGGAAUUCGUUGAGAGGCGAAGAAGCGAGGCUACUAAGGCCGACCCCAGUUCUCUUAACCGUUCCAUCAACAAGACAAAGUCUAAGACUUACUGGGUCAAAGAAACGGUCUUCAAUAGAAUCUGCUGCGAAUAGUGAUAUAAGUCACAGUUCUAUGAGAUCCCAUCUAACACCAGACUCUAUCGACCAGCCUAUAAGCGAAGAAGAAAGUAUUAGAAUCGUUAUUGCAGAACGAAGAAAAAUAGAAAAUACAAGACCAGAAAUAGAUGAUACAGUAGAACUGACGGAAUGUGGAUCCUAGUCCAGGCAGGGCCGGCCGCAGCAACAUCAUGAAGUUUACAUCUAAGAUAUGAACGAAUUUCCAUCAAUUCCUUCCUUGCUUUUCUUUUAUAAGACUUUAUAUUUCAACUGGACUGAUAUGAGACAAAAGAAACCGAGAAGACGAAGACAAGAAAGAUGCAAUUUUCGACAGUCUUCCUAUGUUAUUAUACAAACGGUGGGUGACAAAUCAACCUGUGCUUGAAAAACUAUAGACAACCCUUGUGUUUUACCCAUCAUCUUCGCUGUCCUCUUCACUUCAUCAAAUAAUGCGGCCGGUUUGAUUACUUCAUAGACAUUAAUGAAUUUAAGGUUAAUUAAAAAGUUAUUUAGUGUAGCUUUAGUACUAGUCAAUUUGUUGUGGUGAGAUGUUUUCUACGUGAACGUAUAAUCCCUUCACAUUAGUUAUAACUAGUACGGUGCUUAUGGUAAAACUCGAUACACCUGUUAUCAUGCUCUAUGUCCACAAUUAUGAAACACUAACCGUGAGUUUCCGAGUCCUAAAUCUCCGUUUUAAACAUAUUGUUACCUCUGUGUUAUAUACAGAGAUUUUAGGUCUCGGACACCCACAGUAUGUAAAAAAAAACUAAAAAGUGAUCCUAGUUAACUAAAUUUCAGCUGGAUAGUCACAAAAUAUAUUGCAUUGUGAGCUGUUAAACCAGGUUGAUUCGACAACUUAAACCAUAAUUUAAAUUAGUUUCAAAAAACUUGAAAAUUGUUUAUAAAUGAUGAAUUUAGUAUUAAACUAAGUGUAAAUGUGUAGUGUUAUAUAAUCUGUCAAUUCUAAUCAAAUUGAGGUUUCAAAUCAUUGAAGUUAAAUAUUUUGUAAGACAACGAUUGAAUUAGGAAUUAUUAGUAUUAUAGUGGGUCUAUUUAAGAUAGACUAGUUGGACAACUGACGUCUAUAAAAUAUAGAAUUAAUUUUGUAUGGAGAUUAAUGUCGUACUAAAUGGACGAUUAUCAUAGUGUCGUACUGUCGCGCAGAACGAAUAACUGUGAACUGUCGAGAAUCGGUCUUGUAAUAAAAUUAAUCAAAUAAAUGGGUACUAUAAUUUAGGUAUUUUAUACCUUUUUGAACUUAUUACAGUUAUUUGGCUAUGUAUCGCACAAUCAAUAAAAAAAUAUAUUUUUUGUUCGUCACCAUCGCAAAUUUUGCUUUAAUAUCCUUUUUUUAU